CUGGGCUCCUUUGUGUCCCUCUCAGCUCUGCAGUGGGCUGAAGCAAACACAAAGGCAGCAUGUAUCAGUCCAAGCUGAAGGAGCAUCUUGCUGUUCUCUCAGACCAGGCUGAGAGUGUCUCCCUGCUGUCACCUCCUCAUUGUCACCCUGUGCCCUCUCCCUGUCCCCUGGUACUUCCCUGCUAUGGGGUCGGAGGAGAAGGCAUGCAAGGGGUGGGAGAGCUGGGGACUGUGGGCUGUUGGCAUGGAGCUCAUCCCUGUCCACUUGUGAGGGCACCCCUGGUGCAAGGACAUGGGGACACUGUGCAAACCCCAAACCAGGGGCAGGUACCAGCAAAAGCCGCAGCUAAUCGGGGGUCUGGCUAGCAGCGGGGAUGGAAAAGUUGCUCAGCAGAAGGGAGGAAUUCUUUGUGCUUAGUUUCAAAGCUGACUUGUCAGGAGCCCCUUUGGAGAAUGGAAACUCUACAAAGGGCCAAAUGCCUCUUCUGCUAGGAGCCCCCAGAGCCACGACCAUUCAAAGGAAUGGAGGGGAAGAGGGAGGGUGUGAGGCAGACACUCAGGCACAGGGAGCUGUGAGUGUCCAUUGGGCUGCCAGCACAGUGCGUGGGGCAGCAGGAUCCCACCUGGCACAGGCACACACCCAGCCAUGGGCACGCACCCAUCCCUGGGUGACAUCGCCACCCGUUCUGCACAGGGGAAAUGCUCAGAGAACUCUGACACCAGGAAGGACCUGCGGAGAGGCAGUCACGCAGCAAAACAACAGAAAAGAGGAAGCCCUUGAGUACUCCAGACCAGAGCCAGCAGCUGCCCGCGGCACCCGCAUGGGCCGUCACGCUCCCUGGCUGCGCCGUGCCGUGCUGUGCUACAAUCCCUUCCACGGUUUGGGACUUGCCAGUGGCUCCGAGGGACACCCCGAGGGCAGAUCUGCCUGCGUGCUCACAGCUGGAGCCUAGCCAUAGGGUGGAGCUGCCAGCUGACCCCAGGCACUAUGUCCCGGGCGCUGCCGCUGCUGCGGCGGUUGUGGGGCUGGCACAGCGUGAAGGCAGUGGUCACCGCUGGGCUGUUGGCCAUCGUGCUCUGGCACCUGAAGUGCUUCAUCCGCUCGUCCAACAGCUCUGAUGAAGCCCUCAAGCACACGAAGGUGCUGACAGUCCUGGUGUGGGAGUGGCCCUCGAGGCAGGUCCCAGACUUCAGCAGGGACGUCUGUCGCGAGCAGUAUGGCAUUGCAGGCUGCCAACUCAGCACAGAGCGGCGGCUCCUGAGCCAGGCCAACGUGGUGGUGUUCCCUCACACCACACUCCCGCGGGGCCGGGACAAGCUGCCCCGGGACAGGCCGCACGGGCAGGGCUGGGUCUGGGUGUCCCUGGAGUCCCCCACCAACACGAGAGCGUUAGCAGGAUGGAACCAGACUUUCAAUUGGGUGAUGACCUACAGACGGGACUCGGACAUCUUCAUGCCCUAUGGCAAGCUGGUGCCCAACCGGUCAGCCACUGUGAGCAUCCCCACGAAGACCAACUUGGUGUCCUGGGUUAUUAGCAACUAUCACAGGACUCAGAAAAGAGCUGAAGUCUAUAAGAACCUGUCCAGGUACCUCCAUGUGAACAUCUAUGGGAAAGCAGCCAACAAGCCGCUUUGCAAGGACUGCCUUUUGCCCACGACAUCCAAGUCCAAGUUCUACCUGGCCUUCGAGAACUCCAUCCACCAGGACUACAUCACUGAGAAGCUCUGGAGGAACUCGCUGCUGGCUGGCACCGUGCCGGUGGUGCUGGGCCCCCCUCGGGCCAACUACGAGCAGUUCAUCCCUGCAGACUCGUUCAUUCACGUCGAUGACUUCAGUUCGCUGGAGGAGCUGGCCACCUUCCUGAAGACCAUGAACUCCAGCCGCUACCAGCAGUUCUUCGCGUGGCAGAAGAGGUACAGUGUGAAGCUCUACGCAGACUGGAGGGAGCGCAUCUGCACCAUCUGCACCAUGUACCCCCGCCUGCCCCAGGGCCGCCUCUAUCCUGACCUGCAGAGCUGGUUCAACACCUAGUGCAGGCCUGGCACUGCCAGCGGCACUCAGCACUGCCAGAGACAUCAGGAGUGAGUUUGGGUGGCAGCGAUCCUAGAGAACAAGAUGCCAGGCAGGGAGGAUGUGGGACCUCUCAUCCUGGCCCUGCUGUUGCCACACUGUGACCUUGAGCAACACUGUGUGACAGAACUUCCUGUGCACCAUGACCACCCCCAUACUAACCUACCUCACUGUGGUGCUGCUGCAACUGGAGGGUGCUUUGGAAAUAAACAGCACAGAUUUCCUGA